AUGGCGCUGUUCCGUCGCUUCUUCUACAAAAAGCCUCCGGAUCGGCUUCUCGAGAUCUCGGAGCGUGUUUAUGUUUUUGACUGCUGUUUCUCGAGCGAUGUUAUGGGAGAAGAUGAGUACAAAGUCUACUUGGGUGGCAUCGUAGCACAGCUACAGGAUCAUUUCCCAGAUGCCUCGUUCAUGGUGUUUAACUUUAGAGAAGGAGAACAGCGGAGUAAGAUAUCAGAUGUGUUGUCUCAGUACGACAUGACGGUGAUGGAUUAUCCUCGGCAGUAUGAGAGUUGUCCGCUUUUACCUCUCGAAAUGAUCCAUCACUUUCUAAAAUCUAGCGAGAGCUGGUUAUCGUUGGAAGGACAACAAAAUGUUCUGCUGAUGCAUUGCGAAAAAGGUGGUUGGCCAGUUCUUGCGUUUAUGCUGUCAGGGCUGUUACUGUACAGAAAGCAGUAUCAGGGCGAGCAGAAGACUCUUGAGAUGGUACACAAACAGGCUCCCAAGGAGCUUCUUCACCUCUUGUCUCCUCUAAACCCACAGCCAUCUCAACUCAGAUAUCUUCAGUACAUUUCUAGAAGAAAUUUAGGAUCUGAUUGGCCUCCUGCAGACACGCCUCUUCUUUUGGAUUGCUUGAUUCUCAGAGAUCUCCCACAUUUUGAAGGGAGGAAAGGUUGCAGACCAAUAUUACGGGUCUAUGGCCAGGACCCUAAAGCCCGAGCCAACAGGAGUUCCAUAGUUCUUUUUUCCACGCCAAAGACAAACAAACACACUCGCCUCUAUCAACAGGAAGAGUGCAUCCUGGUGAAAUUAGAUGUCCAGUGCCGUGUUCAAGGGGAUGUUGUUGUGGAAUGUAUACACUUAAAUGAUGAUUUGGUGCGUGAGGAGAUGGUCUUUAGAAUCAUGUUCCACACGGCAUUUGUGCGUGCUAAUAUUUUAAUGAUCCAACGCGAUGAGAUGGAUAUAGUUUGGGAUGCCAAGGAGCAGUUCCCAAAGGAAUUUAAGGCAGAGGUACUUUUUUCUGGUGCGGAUGCCGUGGUGCCUCCUACUAUCGCUACAGCCCCAGUAUCAGACGAUGAGAGCGACGACUUUGAUAUGGCUUCACCUGAAGAGUUUUUUGAGGUGGAGGAGAUUUUUAGCGAUGUGAUUGAUGGGCCUGAGCAUAAGAAAGACUCAGAUAGUUUUGUGGUUGUUGAUACUGCUUCAGAUGAUUCUGAAGGUAAAGAGGUGUGGAAGGGGGAUGUGGAUCCCAAUGCGUUUCUAGAUUGUGCAUCUGAUGAUUCAAAUCAUAAAAAUGAUCUGCGUGGAGAGGCGAGCACAGAUCCAGUCAAAGAUAUCACUGUUGAUGACGUACAGUAUAGGUCAGAUGGGAAGGCAGAUUCCAACAUUGACUCAGUGAAGGAUAUAGGAGUAGAUGAUGGUGAUGAGCAGCGAAAGAGAAGAAACAUGGAAGCAAAGGAAAAUGAUUCUACAACAGAAGUGACUCAGGAAAAAGGUGAUGGAGAAAGCAAUGAUUCUGAGAAUGAUUUAGAUACAGCUCAGAAAACAAAUAACAUAUCAGAAAAAACACAAGCUACACCAAAGAAACAGGUAGGAGCUAAUGCAAAACUAGGUGUAGAUUCACUCAAACCAAAGUCUAAGCAGCAAGAGACUCAGGGUAACUUAAGAAUGGCUAAGCCCAAUGCAGUUUCUCGAUGGAUUCCUUCAAAUAAGGGCUCAUAUAAAGAUUCUAUGCAUGUGGCGUAUCCCCCAACAAGGAUUAACAGUGCUCCUGCUGCAAUCACCACGUCUGGCAAGGAUGGUAAAAGAGCUACAUCACCUGAUGGUGUGAUUCCAAAGGAUGCUAAGACUAAAUAUCUGAGAGCGUCUGUUUCUUCACCGGAUAUGAGGAGCCGAGCUCCAAUUUAUGCAUCACCUGAUUCUAGCCCGAGGGAAAAGCCGCCUUCUCUACCUGUUUCCUCUCCACAUCAGGCGCCUCAACCACCUCCAUCUCCGGCCCUGCCUUCUGUAGCCAGUGAGGCAACAUCACAAGCAGCACCUCCUCCACCUCCGCCACCUCCACCACCUCCGCCACUGCCUACUUACUCUUCACCGAGUCAAAAUAACAUCCGGUCUCAAACAUCUCAGAUCCCACCACCACCACCUCCUCCUCCAUUUGCAUCUGAGAGACAAAACAGUGGAACCUUGCUGCCGCCACCACCACCACCACCACCUCCUCCUUUUGCAUCUAAGAGACCAAACAGUGGAACCAUGUUGCCUCCACCACCACCUCCUCCUCCUCCUCCUUUUGCAUCUGAAAGACUAAACAGUGGAACCAUGUUGCCUACACCACCAACUCCUCCUUUUGCAUCUGAGAGAUCAAACACUGGAACGGUGUUGCCACCAACAUCUCCACCUUGGAAGUCUGUGUAUGCUUCAGCUUUGGCAACUCCUACGAAAUGUUCUACGUCUCAACCUCAUCCCACUUUACCUCCUCAAACUAGCAGCCACUCUCAAACAUCUCAGCUCCCAUCGCCACCGCCUCCUCCACCACCACCUCCUUUUGCAUCUGUGAGGCGAAACAGUGAAACCAUGUUGCCUCCACCACCACCUCCACCACCUUGGAAGUCUGUGUAUACUUCGACUCUUGAAACUCAUGAGGCAUGCUCUACAUCUUACGAUUCUCCACCACCACCGCCACCACCUCCUCCAUUUAGUUCAUCAAAUACAACAAAAGCAAAUGGAGGUCACAUUCCUCCUCCUCCCCCUCUACCUUACAAGAGUAUUACAUCUUCACCAUCCCCCAAAGCCUCUCCAAUUAAUGGUUUUUCCGCUCAUCCUCCACCACCUCCUCCUCCUCCUCCUUUUAGCAAAGCACAUUCAGUCCCUCCACCUUCACCUCCUCCACCGAGUUAUGGAUCUCCACCUCCACCUCCUCCUCCUCCUUUUAGUCACGUACGUUCAAUUCCUCCGCCACCAAGUCAUGGAGCCCCUCCUCCUCCACCGCCCCCUCCUUUUGGUAAGACUUCACCUCCGCCGCCACCACCACCUCCAUUUAGAUCUAGUGGACCUCCACCGCCACCACCACCUCCAAUGAGAUCUGGUGGACCUCCGCCUCCACCACCACCUCCAAUGAGAUCUGGUGGACCUCCGCCGCCACCACCACCUCCAUUCAUAUCUGGUGGACCUCCUCCACCACCACCACCUCCAUUUGGAGGAGCCCCACCGCCACCACCUCCCCCAAUGCGUGGAGGAGCCCCACCGCCACCACCUCCCCCAAUGCGUGGAGGAGCCCCACCACCGCCUCCUCCUCCUAUGCGUGGAGGAGCUCCACCUCCUCCUCCGCCUCCUGGUGGUAGAGGUCCUGGGGGACCGCCGCCUCCACCACGUGCUCCUGGUCCACCUCCGCCUCCCGGACCAAGACCUCCUGGUGGACCUCCUCCGCCUCCUGGACCAAGACCUCCAGGUGGUGGACCUUCUGAUCUUAAGGGUGCUGGAAGAGGGCGUGGUCUUGCACGUCCAGGUUUGGGGUCUUCAGCUCCAAAGAAGUCUUCUCUGAAGCCUUUACACUGGGUUAAAGUAACAAGGGCCUUGCAGGGGAGCUUAUGGGACGAGUUACAGAGGCAUGGAGAAGGACAAACUGCACCAGAAUUUGAUGUAUCAGAAAUAGAGACCCUUUUCACUGCUGCUGUGCAAAAACCGGUUGAUAAAUCUGCUCGAAAAAAACCGGCUGGGGCAAAGCCUGAAAAAAUUCAACUGAUUGACCUAAGGAGAGCCAAUAACACGGAAAUUAUGCUUACAAAAGUAAAGAUGCCGCUACCUGAUAUGAUGGCUGCAGUUUUGGCAAUGGAUGAUACUGUAUUAGAUAUUGAUCAAAUAGAGAAUCUUAUAAAGUUUUGUCCAACCAAGGAAGAGAUGGAAACUCUUAAGAACUACACUGGUGACAAGGCGGUCUUGGGAAAGUGUGAGCAGUACUUUCUAGAGCUAAUGAAGGUGCCACGAGUAGAAUCAAAGCUGAGAGUAUUUUCCUUCAAGAUUCAAUUCGGCACUCAGAUAACAGAAUUCAAAAAAAGUUUAAAUGCGGUAAAUUCUGCGUGUGAGGAGGUCCGUACUUCACAAAAGCUAAAAGAAAUUAUGAAAAAGAUUCUUUACCUGGGGAACACAUUGAACCAAGGAACAGCGAGGGGCGCUGCAGUAGGAUUCAAGCUGGACAGUUUAUUGAAAUUAAGCGAUACACGUGCUGCUAAUAGCAAGAUGACUCUCAUGCAUUAUCUUUGCAAGGUCCUUGCUUCCAAGGCAUCAGUUCUACUGGACUUCCCCAAGGAUCUUCAAAGUCUUGAAUCAGCUUCAAAGAUACAAUUGAAGUCGCUGGCUGAGGAAAUGCAAGCUAUCAUCAAAGGAUUGGAAAAAUUGAACCAGGAGCUCGCUGCAUCCGAAAGUGACGGUCCUGUUUCUGACGUUUUCCGUAAAACAUUAAAAGACUUCAUUUCCGUCGCUGAGACUGAAGUGGCAACUGUAUCUAGUCUGUACGGCGUCGUGGGAAACAAUGCUGAUGCACUUGCGUACUAUUUCGGCGAGGAUCCAAAACGUUGUCCAUUUGAACAAGUUACUGCGACACUCUUGACAUUUAUAAGGUUGUUUAAGAAAGCACAUGAAGAGAAUAUAAAGCAAGUUGAGUUGGAGAAGAAGAAAGCCGCCAAGGAAGCGGAAAUGGAGAAGGCGAAAGGACGAAGGCAGUGCCAGUUGGAGUUAGCGUUUCCGCAAACAGGCACAGAGCUGUUUGUUGCGGUUGAAAACAGGAUCGGGUCCUACUGGGAAACGAUUCGCCGGGGCGGGCUAUCGAGGAACCAUCCGAAGAUCAUAAGAGAGACAGGUCUCUUUUCUCCACUCACUCACGUUUACACGACUAACUCCACAUUGAUUCAUUCUAACUUGUAA